AUGGAUCGCCUGGGGCCGGCGGACGCCGAGGAGGAGCCGGGCGCGCUCGCGCGCCUCGCGCCCAGCGCGCACAGCGAGGCCGUCGCGCACGAGUUCCAGGAGCUCUCUCUGCAGCCCAGCCAGUAUUUACCUCCCCUCAACGAACGGAAGAAUGUACUUCAGCUAAGGCUGCAGCAACGGCGGACACGAGAACAGCUGGUGGACCAGGGCAUCAUGCCACCUUUGAAAAGCCCAGCCGCAUUCCAUGAGCAGAUAAAGAGCCUGGAACGAGCCAGGACUGAAAAUUUUUUGAAGCACAAGAUUCGCAGCAGGCCGGAUCGGUCGGAGCUGGUCAGGAUGCACAUCCUCGAAGAGACGUUUGCGGAGCCUUCCCUACAAGCCACUCAGAUGAAACUGAAGAGAGCUCGGUUGGCAGAUGAUCUGAAUGAGAAGAUUGCUCAGAGGCCUGGCCCAAUGGAACUGGUAGAAAAAAAUAUUCUCCCUGUAGACUCCAGCGUUAAAGAAGCGAUUAUAGUUGGACAAGAGAAUUAUCCCCAAGCUUUGGAAGAUUUUUCGUUUGACGAGGACAGCAGCGAUGCUUUGUCACCAGAUCAGCCAGCCAGCCAAGAAUCCCAGGGUUCCACCGCCUCCCCGGGGGAGCCCAAAGCCAGUGACUCGCCCUCGCCAGUGACCCCCGGUGCUGCCACCUCGGCACAGUACCCAUCUUUAACCUCUCCAGUUCCCGAAUUCCUCAAAACUCCACCUACGAUCGAGCAGCACGUUCCACGGUCCACGACUGCAAGCACCCUAACUACAAAUACCAUCUCUGCGGCAAAACCCGGGCCAACGUUAGUAAAGCAAAGCCACCCGAAGAAUCCAAAUGAUAAACAUCGGAGCAAGAAAUGCAAAGAGCCCAAGCCACGGGUGAAAAAACUGAAGUAUCAUCAAUAUAUUCCACCUGAUCAGAAAGGUGAGAAGAAUGAACCACAGAUGGACUCCAACUAUGCUCGUUUGCUACAGCAACAGCAGCUGUUCUUGCAGCUACAGAUCCUGAGCCAACAGCAACAACACUACAACUAUCAGACAAUUCUGCCUGCACCACUGAAGCCACUGAACGACAAGCAGAGCAGCAAUGGGAAUACACCACUGAGUACCCUGAACAACAGCACUCCAGCAUCAGUCGCCAGCUCCCCCAGACAGAACAGCAACACUCCCAGCAGGAAACCAGGACCACUGCCCUCGAGCCUGGAUGACCUGAAGGUAGCGGAGCUUAAAAUGGAGUUGAAAUUAAGGGGAUUACCAGUGUCCGGAACAAAAACUGAUCUCAUUGAGCGUCUGAAACCCUACCAAGAUCUUAAUAACAACGGAGUCACUACUAGUAGCUCUGUUACAGUAACCACUUCUACUGGGGCCACAUGUAGCACUGGGGAAGUGACUGUGGCGUUUCCUGUCACAACACUAACUAAAACAGCGGUUAAUACUAUGCCCAGCUUUCCUCCAGAAAAAACAUCUACUGGACCUAGCACCAAAGCAGUGAAUACUGAAAGCAUUAGUUCCCCUUUGCCUAUAUCACCCGCUCCUUCAGAGCAAUCUAACCUAAGCACAGAUGACACUAGCAUGGCAGAUACUUUCACAGAAAUGAUGACCAUGAUGUCACCAUCCCAGUUCUUAAGUACUUCACCGCUAAGGGUGAAUAUGAACGAUGACACGCAGAACCGUAGCAGUGGAAGCAUCUCAAGUAUGGAGCUUGAUGUAGCAGAAAAGGACCGCAAGCUUCAAGAAAAAGAGAAACAGAUUGAAGAGCUCAAGAGAAAACUGGAACAAGAGCAAAAACUUGUGGAAGUAUUGAAAAUGCAACUUGAGGUUGAAAAACGGGGACAGCAGCAAUUGUCUCAGACUUCUAGUAACCCAGCUGCUUUGGAUCAGAAACAAUUCAGUGCUGCUAUCAAGGAUGAAAAAGCUGUUGCUGACUGCUCUAGCACAAGUCAGUCUGUAUCCGUGGCUAGUCAAUCUUUAGGACAAUCAGUAUAUACUAGUGGCCAGAAUCCAGUUGCCAAAAAGGCAGUUGUUAUCAAGCAGGAGAUACCCGUGGCCAAAGCCGAAAUGCAGAAUGCCAUUUCUCAGUUUUAUGUUAAUCCACAGAGACAUCCACAAACUGCAGUUGUUGCCCAGCCUCCAGCUUUACUAGCCACCCAGGGAGCCACGCAGCUGCUCCUUCCGCUGUCUAUCCAGGGACCGAAUUCUACCACUUCAGUGCAGCUACCAGUUGGAAAUAUAAAGUUGCAGGCUCAAUCACAAGCUGGAGUACAGACCCCAUCACAAAUGCCUGCUUCUGUUCCCUCCUCUGGCCUGGGCCAGACAGCACCUCAGAUUCAUACUCCGCAGUCAAAACCAAAUGCCACCACGCAGCAUGCACUUGGUCAGACUCAACAAAGCAGGAAGGUUUUUCCAUCUACGACAUCAAAUACUGUAUUUCCCUAUCAAACUACACCAGUUACGACACCUGCUCAAUCUUUUAUUAAUAAAGCACCAAACUCUAAUGUUUGCACUGGUAGUAACCAGGCUCCACCUGUGCAGAAUGGACCUGCUCCUCCUAGCAAGCCUGGCUCUCCGUCUCAAGCCCAGCCCUAUGUUGUUCAACAGCCCCUCUUCAACAACACAGUUUCCAAGACAAAAGAUCCCCCCCGCUAUGAAGAGGCCAUAAAACAGACCCGCAAUGUUCAAACAUCUCACCGUGAGAUUUCCAGCGCACACAGUCAGCAAAUGGACGACCUUUUUGACAUCCUCAUCAAGAGUGGAGAGAUUUCCCUUCUAAUAAAGGAGGAACCAUCUCCGAUUGCUAAAAUGAGACCAGUAACAGCCAACAUCACUACCAUGCCAGUGAAUACAGUGAUAUCCCGCCCACCACCACAAAUCCAAAUGGCGCCUCCCAUGUCCUUAGAAUCAACAACCAACUUGUUAAUAAGUUUGGAAAACCAACUUGAUGCUCUCUUGGAUGGAACUUUACCUUCAGGUAAUGAAACCCCUCAACUGACAAGCAGUAAUGAGGACAGAGAGUCGUUUUCUUUAAUUGAGGACCUUCAGAAUGACCUGCUUAAUCACUCCAGCAUUUUAGAUCACUCUCAUUCACCCAUGGAAACCUCUGACCCGCAGUUUACCACUAAUAAUUCUUGUCUGUCUCUCGACCUUCCUGACACAAAUUUAGACAACAUGGAAUGGUUAGACAUUACGAUGCCCAGCUCUUCAUCUGGACUCACUCCUCUCAGUUCUGCUGCCCCCAGUGUGUUUUCCACUGACUUUCUAGAUCCACAAGACCUGCAGUUGCACUGGGAUUAAGCUAUAGCAAAUGA